AUGGUGCGACCGAACCAUGGAGCUUCGGUUCCCGAUGUUGUUGCCAUCGGCAGCGAACGUGAGAAUGUGACGCAGUGGCAAGAGCGAUGUGGAAUCAAGAAAGAGGAUCAGAUCCGUCUGGUCAAGUUGGCGCACAUGCGUUACCAGCAUCCUGAUCUCCAUCAAAUUACGACCUUUCUCGAAGAUUUUGGUAUGACGGUCGCAAAGAGGACAGAAGGCCAAAUCUGGUAUCGAGGUUACGGUGAUGAUCAGUAUGUCUACUACGCUCGCAAGGGGCCGAAAGAGUAUCUCGGGGGUACAUUCACCGUGGAGACAUACCAAGAUCUGGAGAAAGCUACUAAGCUCCCAACUGCCAGUGAAAUCAAGGAAUUAUCUGACGCUCCUGGUGGGGGCUCUAUGGUUACACUGACUGAUCCCGAAGGAUUCCCAGUCAACUUGAUAUAUGGACAGGAGGCAGCAGAGAAAGGCGAAUUCCCGGAGAAGCUCACUGUCAAUUAUGAAGAUGAAAAACCUCGCAUUCGAAGGUUCCAGCGCUUCCAACCUGGUCCUGCGGCCGUGCACAAGACGAAGCUCGGACAUUUUGGGGUCUGCACGCAGAAAUUUGACGACCUGGUCACGUUCUACACCAAAAAUUUCAACAUAGUCCCAACUGACUUCCUCUACGUCGGAGAGGAUGGUCAGAAGAGAAACGUCGCGCUUUUCGCUCACAUCGAUCGUGGCAGCGAUUAUGUAGACCACCACAGCUUCUUCAUCAGUACCAAUGCGACUACACAUGUCCAUCAUUGCUCAUUCGAGGUUCAUGACUUUGACACUCAGAAGCUUGGACACCAGUGGCUUGCCGACAAGAAAUAUGAGUCUGUGUGGGGCGUUGGCAGACACAUCCUCGGGUCACAAAUCUUUGAUUACUGGUGGGAUACUACUGGGAAUAUGAUUGAGCAUUAUGCAGACGGUGAUCUAGUUAAUGAUCAGACACCCAUUGGGUAUGGUCCUGCAGGAGAUGAGUCUCUGGCAGUUUGGGGACCUGAAGUUCCGUCUUGGUUUUUGAAAUAG